AUGUCAAUUGGAACUACUCCCCAAGCAUGGAAGACGCAGGAUGUUGAGCGCGAUGACUCGUGGAUCCUGCGUCUCACUCCUGAGCAAAUUGAAGGUUUCCGCACUGCACUUGUUUACGCAAAGAAUCACCCCAAGCCUCUUCUUGAUAUGACGCAAGUCGACUAUCCACUCUCCGAGGUGUCUAAGAGGGCGCUGCAGGAUGCCAUCGCUACCACCCAAGGUCGCUGGGGCAUGUGUCUCGUGAAGGGGUUCCCAGUCGACGAAUGGUCCGAGGCAGACAUGCGUGUCGCUUACUGGGGCAUGGGGCUUUAUAUCGGUGUUGGGCGCACCCAAAACCGCGCCAGCGAGGUGAUCAACGACGUACGCGAUGCGGGAGGAAGCUACAAGGUCAAGGGGGGUCGUGGAUACAACACCAACGCCGGACUUGACUUCCACCAAGAUUCCGCCGACGUGGUGGCUCUUCUGUGUCGUCGCACCGCAAAGGAGGGUGGAACUUCCAAAGUCAUGAGCAGCAUAGCGCUGCACGAUCGCGUCGCUGAGCUCCGCCCUGAUUUGCUUCCUGUGCUCGAGUCCAAUAACUGGUUCCACAGCUUCCAGAAUGCCCAAGAUUCCACCCAGCCUCCGUACUACCGCUGCCCACUUAUGGGGAAAAGUGGCGCCUACUUCUGUGCUCGCACCAACCGCAAAAACACCGUUGCCGCACAGCGCGACUUCCCCGAGGUGCCUCGACUUACAGCCCAGCAAGUGGAGGCACUUGAUUUCUUGGACACAAUUAUGCCAUCUAAUGAGUAUUGCUAUACCAUGGAGCUAGAGCGCGGUGAUAUGCAACUUCUUAACAGCUUUGUAACGCUGCAUUCACGCACACCGUUUGAGGACCAUGAAUUGCCAGAUGAGAAGCGCCAUCUUAUGCGUCUAUGGCUCUCUAUUCCGAGCUCCCAGCCUCUCCCCCCUCAGUGGGCCGAGUACUGGGGUGAUUCCCGGGCAGGCGCAGUCCGCGGUGGUGUCCGGGGUAGUGCUAUUACCGAAGACUUCCUCAGAUAUGAGAAGCGACAGGCUGAGGCUAUGGGUAUGCCUUCCAGGGGCUUCAAGCCCGUCGUGACACGAGAAGAGAUGACCAAGCUUGUGGGUGCUAUUUGA